AAAGCUGUCCUAAAUUGUUUUAUUAAAUAUUAUUAACUUUAUUGUAAUAUACAUAAAUAAAAAAUUUUAAUUACAACAUGGGAGUUCCAAAAUUUUUCCGCUACAUUAGCGAGAGAUAUCCUUGUUUAAGUGAGCUUGUUCGUGCAAAUCAGAUUCCUGAGUUCGAUAAUUUGUAUCUGGAUAUGAAUGGAAUCAUACAUGUGUGUUCACAUCCAAACGAUAAUGAUGUGCAUUUUAGAAUUUCAGAAGAAAAAAUAUUCAAGGAUAUUUUCCAAUACCUGGAAGUUCUCUUUUUAAUGAUUAAGCCAAGAAAACUUUUUUUUAUGGCCAUCGAUGGAGUAGCGCCUCGUGCCAAAAUGAACCAACAAAGAGGAAGGCGAUUCCGGUCUGCAAAAGAUGCUGAGCUCUUGGAGGAAAAAGCGAAGAAAAAAGGAGAAGUUAUUUCAAAUGAAGCAAGAUUUGAUAGCAAUUGUAUUACUCCUGGAACCGAAUUCAUGGGGCGAUUAAAUGAGGCGCUUAAAUAUUUUAUCAAGCAUAAAAUAAGCACAUCUCCAAUUUGGCAGAGUUGCACGGUUAUUUAUAGUGGUCAUGAGACGCCAGGUGAAGGUGAACAUAAAAUAAUGGACUACAUACGUUAUUUGAAGUCUCAAGAUGAUUAUAACUUAGAUACGAGACAUUGCUUAUAUGGCCUGGAUGCAGAUUUAAUUAUGCUGGGAUUGUGUACACACGAAAAACAUUUUUCUCUUCUUAGGGAAGAAGUCAAAUUUGGAAAACAAAUAAGUCGAGCAGCGAGCGUUCAUGAAACUAGAUUCUUUCUUCUUCAUUUAAGUUUGAUGAGAGACUAUUUAGAGCUCGAAUUUGAGCCUGUGCGGUCUAAACUUAAGUUUAAUUUUGACAUUGAAUGCAUAAUUGAUGAUUGGAUCUUGAUGGGAUUCUUGGUUGGAAAUGACUUUAUUCCACAUCUCCCAAAUAUGCAUAUAAAUACCGGUGCUUUGCCAUUAUUAUACAAUGUUUACAUGGAAGUGUUACCACGAUUAGAUGGAUAUUUAAAUGACAAAGGAAAACUUCAUUUAGAACGCUUUGAAAUUUUCAUGGUUGAAUUGGGAAAAAAUGACAAAAAGUUAUUCAUGGAACAUUAUACGGAUCUCAAGUAUAUGAAUGCGAAGAUGAAUGCUGAGACGUUUGGGUUAGAGGACGGUAAUAUGGAAAAUGCGAUGAAUGCAGAUGUUUCUGAAUUAGCUAAAAUGACAGAAGAAAUGUUGUUUGACUCAGACGACAGUAGUGUAGAAUCUGAAGAACUUUUUGAUAUGGAAUUUGAAAAACACAAGGCAGCAUACUAUAUUCAAAAAAUGCACUAUCCUGAAAUGAAUGAGAAAGUAAGAGCGGAACAAACCGAGUAUUAUAUCCAAGCAUUGCAAUGGAUACUUUUUUAUUAUUAUCGGGGAGUUCCAUCUUGGAGUUGGUUCUAUCAAUUUCAUUACAGCCCAUUCAUAUCAGACAUACAUUCUUUCAAGCAUUUAGAUAUAAAGUUCACAUUAAAUAAGCCAUUUUUACCAUUUGAACAACUUUUGAGUGUUUUACCUGCUGCAAGUAAAGGUCUUUUACCGAAUGCUUAUCAUGAAUUAAUGACAGACAAAGAAAGUAAAAUCGUACAAUACUACCCAAAAGAUUUUGAAACCGACCUAAAUGGCAAAAAGCAAGAAUGGGAAGCUGUAGUAUUAAUUCCUUUUAUUGAUGAAAAAUUGCUGCUUGAAGAAAUGAAAACAAAGGAAAAAUUUCUUCAUGAAAAUGAGGUAAACAGAAAUAUCCAUGGUCCAAUGUAUGAAUAUAAGUACAAUGCCACUGUACAAGGAUCAUGUGAUGGGUUCUUGAAUUUUCCGACAAUAAUUUCGGUAUAUUGUACAGAAAAAGCUAUAAGGAGAGAAGAGAUUGCCAUUACCGACGACAAGCUACCUCUGAUAUAUUCAAGAAUAUCAACAAAUGUUUGGUAUUAUAAAGGUUUUCCAACAAUGAAAUACAUGACUUACACAGGAGCCAUUUCAAAAAAUCGAGUUAAAGUGUUUGACCAACCAAGCCGUAAUGAUAGUAUGAUAAUUAGUUUGAAAAACUCUUCGACGAAAGAUACAGAAACUCUGGCAAAAAUGUACAUUGGCGAAACGAUUUUUGUUGGUUGGCCUCACUUGAUUGAAGCAAAGGUAACAAAAGUUAGUGAUAGUUGUAAUGUCUACACUCGUAAUGCAAAUGGAUCACUUACCAGUGUUAACAACGAAAGGUGGAAAACGGAUGUUAGGGCAAUUCAAGAGCAUCAUAUAAAUAGACUUGGAAUCGAUGUUGGCGACAUUAAAACUAUAUUGCACGUUGUACCAUUUGUAGGAGUAAAAUAUAACUAUGAUGGAAAUCGGUAUGUCUUACAGAAAACUUAUAGUGCAUAUGAAGCCACCUAUCCAGCUCAAGCCAUUGUAGAUGACUUAAAAGUAAUUGAUAAGGAGCAUUUGCCUUAUUUAGAACUGAAUGAUGUAUAUAAGCCUGGUAGUCCUGUCUUCAUGAUAACUCAUCCAUACUACGGUUGCUUUGGCGAAGUCAUUGAGACACAGAUUGUUCACAAAAUAAAGCGAGUUAAACUAACACUAACUAUAGCUGACGAACCAAUGCUUGAGGAGGCUAAAGAUGUUCACUAUAAAAUUCAGAGUGCUUAUGUUAAUUCAUAUGUUGCAGCAUCUAAAAUCGGGAUUUCAGAAAAUGUCUUACAAAAAAUUACGGAUACUGUUUUAUUUGUCGAAGGUGAAAAAAGAGAAGUCUUACAAGAAGGAACGAAUAAAAUGAACAUUGGACUGCAACUUAAGUCAAGAAAAAAUAAUGAGGUUGUGGUGGGAUAUGUAAAAAAGCAUCACAAGCAGCUUCUUUUUUCAGAAAAAGCAAUAGAUUUGGUCACAAAAUAUUUUCAAAAAAUUCCCAAAUUAUUUCAAUUGCUUGAAACUGGACGAUCUUUGGUGUUUGAAAGUGAGCUUUUUAAAAGUAGCAUGAGUGAAAAUAGUGUUCAACAACUUAUUGAAUGGAUUAAACAGCAAGAUCAUCAGAAGUGUGAAAAACGCAGUAGUGGCAUUGACACAGUUGAAAAGGAUGCUCUUCCAAUGAUAUUAGAUGCUGUAAAGAGAAUUAAAAAUAGACCUAUGAAACGACUGACUCUGCAAGUAAAACCAACAAACUUGUACGCAGCUGCUUUAAAUCAAGCAGAUAAGCCCGUUGACGAUAGCGUAAGGUUUCGGUUAUUUGAUCGUGUUGCUGUCGUGAGCACAAAUGAAAUCGCACCUGUAGGUAGCAAAGGAACUAUAGUUGGAGUACACUGCCUGCUUGAUGUGAAUCCGGUAAAACAAGAAAACAUCAAUAAAGUGGACUUGUAUUACGAUGUUCUUUUUGAUAAGCCUUUUGCUGGUGGUUCAACGAAUGACGUAAUUUUGGAACCAAAACUUGCUAGAAUCUAUAAAAAUCAUCUGAUAAGUUUGAAUUACGGAAGAGACAUGGAAAUGAAAAAAAAUAACGAAAGAAGUAACUAUGAACUUAUGGAUAACGCUUGGAACAAUAAAUUGUCAUCAAAAAAUCAAAAUUGUGUUGAAAAGGGAAAAGAGGAAAAAAUCUCACUUGACAACAUUAAAACUUUGAAUACAAAUAUUAAAGACGUUGAAAAUAAAAACAUUUUAAAAGAGAAAGAGGAAACAAAUUCUAUAUUAGAACAACUGUUUGCUAGCAGUAAAAGAAACGAGAGAAAUAUGUCUUCUGUGAAUAUGCACAGCAAUACUAAACCUGAAGAAGAUAAAAGUGUAGUAUUGAAACAACUUUUAGGUAUAAUACGUGAUCCAGCAAAAGAGGAUAAAAAAGAAGAACCAAAAUUACCUUUACCCCCACCAACAUGGAACCAUCCAAAACCCAAACAAACUGACGAAAAAAUGAUGUUGGCUAAAAUUUUGACAUGUGAUGAUCUAGAGACUAGUCUUUCAAAAAAGGAACACUUGCCUCCAUCAUUAGAAAAACCAUCUUUUAUACCGCUUCAAGCCAUUACCGGAAGAAAAAAUCCAUCCUUUAAAGUAAGUCAUCGCCCGGUUGAAAAGCGAAAUAAUGAGCAAAAAACAGGUACUAAUACAGAGCAAAAGCCUAACGAAACUAGCGUAAAGAAUCCACCAGAGCAUAUAAGACAACCCAGGAUGCAACGUCAGUCUCGUAUAGCUGCCAAAUUCCAAAACAAAAAUUAAUAAAAAAAAUACACAAAGACUAUAUAAAAAUAACCCGUUAUUAAUUAGAUCAAAUAAAAUUUCAAUUUCAUAAAAGGUCUCUUUAUUUAAAUUU